AUGGAUCAGGAAGAUGGGUCCGAUCACGAGGAGAGGCCCGACAGUCAAUUGUCGGAUACGAAGACGUGCUCCGAAUAUGGAACCCCUGUCAAAACGCCGACAUGUAAUGUGGAAAAUUCCCUAUAUGACAAAUAUAAUGUGCAAGAAAAAGAGCUUGAAAGGCUCGAAGCCCAAAACAAUGAAUAUCGCGAUAAAUUGCUGAAAACGAUUAGGGAACGCGAUUUAAACGAGGAAAUGUUGAAAAAUGUGCAAUCGCAGCACAAAAAAGAACUCGAUGUCCAAUUUAGGAGGGUUAAGGACCUUGAAGUUCAGCUAAAAGCAACAAUGGACAAAGCGACUGCCCAGGAAGCUCAUUUCAAUGUGACAACUCGCGAAAUGAGCCAGAAGUAUAAUAAUUCGGUGCAGCAGCUAACACGAAAAGCGGAUCAAAACGAGAAGGAGAAGAAUGAGGCGGUUGUGAAGUAUGCGAUGAGGGAAGGCGAGAUGAUGAAGCUGAAAACGGAGAUCGCGAAGAAGGAGCAGGAGCUGAAGGCGUGCAAUGAGGAGCUGGAGCAGUGCAGGAAGUCGCAAGCGGAAGACAAUCUGACAGAGCUGAAUAAGACCAUAAAUAACCUAAAUGUGGAGAUUGAGAAGAUCAAACAUGAGAAAUUCGACGUUGAGAAUCGUCUGAAAAUCGCCGAGAAGCGAGUCGAGACGUUGACGUCAAAUCUCGCCGAAGCCCAUCAGAAGGCCGACGUUCUCAGAAAGCAGUUGAUUCAAGCGAAAGAUGAACGAGCGCACGCUGAAAAUGCGGAACGAGCGCGACGAGAAGCCGAUUUGGAAAAACGGGCGAGAGAGGCUGAAAGCGAUUUGGAGCGGAUGAAGGCGUCGCAAAUGGAUUUGGCGACGAAAUUUGAGGAAUCUCGAAGGGAAAACGACGAUCUUCUCGCAAAAAUUGACAUUUUACAAGAUCAAUUGAAUCUCGAGGAAGAUCGACGCAAAUUUUGCGAGGAGCAAAUCGAACGUCUGAAAACUGUCGAGGAAUUUGUUGAAAGCAGCACGUGUAAAGCCGAAGAAUCGCAGAAGGAGCGCGAAAACGCCGAGAAGGAUCGCGUUCAGGCCGAAAUCGAGGCGGCCGAGUGUCGCGAGCACGCCGAGAGAAUGCUGAAGCUCACGCAAGAGCUCACUGAGAGGAAUAUGAGCCUGACGCAACAAUUGAAGGUUGCUGAGGAGGAGAACCUGAAGCUUGUCAAUAUUACAAAGGAGCUGGAGCAGAAGGUGAAAACGAUAGAGCACGAGAAGACUGUAUUAGAGGAAGAGAAUAUGGAGCUUCGUGAAUCUUUAAACUCGAAACCGGCCGAGGCACCUCCAACACCGACAACGUCGAAAUUCGAGGACAACUUGAAACGCUUUGAAGAAAACGCUCGAAAAUUAGAAGCCGCUGAAAACGAGCUGUCUGAAGUGAAAAACGAUUUCGCUGCGUAUCGUAAAAAGACGAACGCGACGAUCAAGGAGCUCAAAACUGAGUUGAGCACAUUGCGAAAGUCGAGCUCAUCGAAUUUGGACGUCGUCCAGCCAGCUCAUGUCUCGUCGGAAUCGGUGCCGAGCUCGCGGUCUCGCGCAAGCUCGAUUACUAGUAUUGAUAGGGUUACGAGCGUCUCUCGAGAGGAAGAAGCCGCGGCGGCCGCCGUCGAAGAGGCGAAGAAGCUCGAAGUGCAACAGGUGAUGAUCGACAAAAUUGUGGUCCUGCAGCGAAAACUUGCUCGUCGCGCCGAGAAAAUCGAAUUCCUUGAAGAACAUAUCAGGCAGUGUCUUGAAGAGCUUCAGAAAAAAUCAAAAAUUAUUCAACAUUAUGCGCUACGCGAAGAAGCUUCACUUCUCAUGCCAUCGGAUGGCUCAUUGGAGCAGCUCUUCACCAAAUGUGAAUUUGUACAGGUUCCAAUUGCUCGCAAAAACGCGGCUUGCGCUCUAAUGGGCGCCAUGUUCACGUCAACCGGCGAGAAAAAGCAGACGCAACUGCUCACCGAAAUCAAUUCGCGACUUCAGGCGGUUCUUGAAGACGCGAUUCAGAAGAAUAUCAAUUUACGAGCGAAUCUUGACCAAAUCUCGGCGGAAAACAGCCGAUUAUCGCGCGAAAAUCGUCUGCUCAGUUUGGCUCAGACAAACGAGAAAUGA